UCAAUUUCAACCCUUACUGAAAAGCGCACGGAACAAUAGAAAACUGCUUUAGUUUUGAAGGUUACUUUAUGUAUUUUCUAAAGGAAAACUAAAAACUAGAAAGCUCCGGAACAGCGGCAGACAGAAGGGUCUUACUUUACUACGACAAGGUCUACAUCAUAUUUAGUGUUGAAUGCUGACGGUGUCCUUUUGUUUUAGCAUCUGAUGAGUUCCGGAGAGUUAGAUUACUUUAUCAAGGAAGCAAAGUGCAGUUCUGAAGACCUUGCAGAUGAGUGGGAUUCCAGACCUUUCCAGAGUGCGGUUCUGAAGACCUUGCAGAUGAGUGGGAUUCCAGACCUUUCCAGAGUGCAGUUCUGAAGACCUUGCAGAUGAGUGGGAUUCCAGACCAUUCGAGGGUGCAGUUCUGAAGACCACGCAGAUGAGUGGGAUUCCAGACCUUUCCAGAGUGCAGUUCUGAAGACCUUGUAGAUGAGUGGGAUUCCAGACCUUUCCAGAGUGCAAUUCUGAAGACCUUGUAGAUGAGUGGGAUUCCAGACCUUUCCAGAGUGCAGUUCUGAAGACCCUGCAGAUGAGUGGGAUUACAGACCUUUCCAGAGUGCAAUUCUGAAGACCAUGCAGAUGAGUGGGAUUCCAGACCUUUCCAGAGUGCAGUUCUGAAGACCACGCAGAUGAGUGGGAUUCCAGACCUUUCCAGAAUGCAGUUCUGAAGACCUUGUAGAUGAGUGGGAUUCCAGACCUUUCCAGGGUGCAGUUCUGAAGAUCAUGCAGAUGAGUGGGAUUGCAGACCUUUCCAGAGUGCAGUUCUGAAGACCCUGCAGAUGAGUGGGAUUACAGACCUUUCCAGAGUGCAAUUCUGAAGACCUUGUAGAUGAGUGGGAUUCCAGACCUUUCCAGGGUGCAGUUCUGAAGAUCAUGCAGAUGAGUGGGAUUGCAGACCUUUCCAGAGUGCAGUUCUGAAGACCCUGCAGAUGAGUGGGAUUACAGACCUUUCCAGAGUGCAAUUCUGAAGACCUUGUAGAUGAGUGGGAUUCCAGACCUUUCCAGGGUGCAGUUCUGAAGACCACGCAGAUGAGUGGGAUUCCAGACCUUUUCAGACCUUUCCAGAGUUAACUGUUCAAUUGAUUAAAAUGGGGAACUCUGAAAGCCAAUACAGCAUUCAGGGGUGUAAAAACCAUCGCCUUGUUGUACCUGGCAAGCAGAAGCCUUGCUCCCUACGAGUUCGAAGUGUCCAUGCCAAAGAUGAACAGUCUCGCUCUGCACACAGCUGGGGACACGCUUCCGGUUAUAAGACUCGAGCGCAGGCCAGGAGCUGCCUUUCACAGCACAAAAGCAGCCAACCAUACUCCGCCCGCCACUACGACUGCAUGACCAAGGGCAGUCAAAACAGUGCCAAUGUCAAGCCCAGAGACUGCAACCCUGGGAAUAACUUUAGGUUUGUGCCUGAGAGCAGCUUCCUCUACACUGGGUAUGAUGCGCAGAGCAGCCACAGCACAGCCAAUGAGUGCAAUGACCAUGUUGCGAAUGAGAAGGAGUCCCUGUCGGACAUGGUGGAAGACAAAAGCAGUCCGAAAGUGCUCAUUAAAACACUGGGGAAGUUUGACGGCAGUCUGAGAGUGGAGUUCACCAACAGUAACAACAACAACACAAUCCCCGUCGACGACUCUGAUGGACCGGUCCAGCUGUUAAAAUACUCCCCUACUCUCGAGUCAACACCCAGUAGUUCAGGUAUCUCAAGAAGGCAGAGCCCUAGCCCUGGAGACUCCGGGCUCAGAACCAGUAAGGGAAGCUCGUUGAGCUCUGAGAGUUCAUGGUAUGAUUCUCCGUGGGGGAACGACGCUGCUGAUCUCAAUGACACGGACCACCCCAACUCCUCCAGCAGGACUGCAGACACAAGCCUGGGAGAUGCAGUCCUACAGAACCAGCAGAGGUUGUUUGAACAGCGGGCAACUCCUGUAUCCCUACAGGAUCUCUUUAGGGAUGCAAUCACUGCAGAGAAGGGUCUUUCACCAGAGUCCCUGAAUGCCCCAAGAAGAAAGAUGCGGGCCUCGCUAGCCCCGGAUGUGGAGGUGGCGUCUGACUCGGAGGGUCUGGGCAGCAUGCAGUACUCCUCCUACACGCUGCCUUGUCGUAAGUCCAAGUCCAUUGUGGAGGGCAGUGCCAAGAGAGACACCUUGAAGAGCAAAAUGAGGCGCAUCAGUGACUGGACUGGAAGCCUGACCAGAAAGAAGAGAAAGCUGCAGGAGCCGAAGUGUAAGCAGGCGAGCGAGUGCUUUGACAGUGGGAUUGAUGGCUUCACUACAGACACCAGCUCUCCCUCCCAGGUGUCCAGCUUGCUGUGGCCCCCCAGCUCAGGCCACGCCCUGCCACCGCGCAGCGAGUCCAGCCACGCCCUUCACAGCGACGCCCUGCGGCAAAACAUCUACGAGAACUUCAUGAGGGAGCUGGAGACGGGGCGCUGCGGCAGCGAGACGGAGACGGAGACGAGCAGCGAGUCUCUGGGCUCCCGGGAGCAGCUGGACCUGCUCUUCCAGAAGGAGCAGGGGGUGGUGCGCAAAGCCGGCUGGCUCUUCUUCAAGCCCCUCGUCACUCUGCACAAGGAUAAAAAGCUGGAGCUGGCCCCGCGGCGUAAGUGGAAGCAGUACUGGGUGACUCUGAAAGGCUGCACCUUGCUGUUUUAUGAAACCUAUGGGAAGAAUUCUAUGGAGCAAGACUUUUCCCCGUGCUACGCCCUCUUUGCUGAAGACAGCAUAGUGCAGUCUGUUCCUGAGCACCCGAAGAAAGAGAACGUCUUCUGCUUUAGCAAUGCCUUCGGAGAUGCCUACCUCUUUCAGGCUACAAGCCAAACAGACAUGGAAAACUGGGUGACUGCGAUUCAUUCCGCCAGCGCCUCAUUGUUUGCAAAGAAACAAGGAAAAGAGGAAACGGUGCGAUUGUUGAGGAGCCAGACGAGGAGCCUCGUCCAGAAGAUUGACAUGGACAGCAAGAUGAGAAAGAUGGGAGAGCUGCAGCUCGCCACUGUGAGGGACCCCAAGAACAGGAAAGCCAUUGAGAACCAGAUCCAGCAGUGGGAGCAGAACCUGGAGAAGUUCAACGUGGAUUUGUUCCGGAUGCGCUGCUACUUGGCCAGUCUGCAAGGAGCAGAGCUGCCCAACCCCAAGAGCCUCCUCGCAGCGGCCAGCCGCCCUUCCAAACUGGCUCUCAGCAGGCUGGGCAUCUUUUCAGUGUCCUCCUUCCAUGCUUUGAUCUGCUCCAGAGAUGAAGCUACCCUGAGGAAGCGCUCCCUGUCUCAGACAAUGAGGGGUAAGAAGGGGCUGUUCUCCUCUCUCAAAGGGCUGGACAGUCUGGCCAAACGAGGAAAGGAAAAGAGGGCUUCUGUGUCCCAGAUUUUUGAAAGCAAUGGCCAAAUAACCCACAUUCCUUUGAACCCAAGCAGUUGUGAGAGAAUUGAUGGCACAGCUAACAUCUACUCAGCAGCACCACCUGAAGGCAGUCAGUGGGAAAGCUGUUUUGACACUUUGGCCCAUGUGUAUUUACCUGACACCCAGGGAGUAACUGUAACCGUUCAUCAGGAUCUUAGGGUUGAAGAUGUGCUGAACUUGGUGUGCAAGAAGAAGCUGUUGGACCCAACCCAGUACUGUCUGCAUCUUAGAAGAACAGUGGGAGGCAAUGUGGAGUUCAGCACGCCAGCCUCCAGCGAGUGCUUGCUAGGACUGCUUUAUGAUGAAUUAGAAGUCUUUCCCUUGAAUGUUUUUCAUUUGCACCUGUUAAGGACCGGGACUGCAGUUGAUUUUGGGUUUGCAGUAACAGGUCACGUUGACGGGCAGCGAAACAGCCGCAUAUUUGUGAGUGAAGUGCUUCCAGAUGGAGUGGCUUACUGUGAAGGGUUGAGAGCGGGGGAUGAGAUCCUCUGUGUGAAUGAGAAGACAGUGUCAACCCUUGACCUUGGCCUCAUGGAGCCCUUGUUCAGCCAGCAGAGCCUGAUGCUGACCCUCAGGAGGGAUCUGCUGGGCCUUCCUUCACAGUUACCUCCUCCCAGCCAGUCUGAGCUUCUGGAAGAGUUUCUGGACAAAUAUCCAAAGCAGGCAUCAGCUGAUGUUGCCGAUGUUUCUGAUGUACCCAGCAGUGUUAUAAGAAGCGUUCCUGAUGAUUCCCUGGAGCUGCCGCUGUGGAGAGAGAAGACAGGAAAACAUCCAAAGAGUGCAGACCCUGUGAGCACCAUGUACCAGAGCUUCCAGGAGGUAACUGUGGGUGUGAUGGAGGGAGAGAAGGAGGGGGCUGAUCCCCUGCUCAGGCCCUGCCCUCGCCACAUGUCUGUCACAGAGAGGCUCCGGAAAGUUAUUCAGGAGCUGGUGGACACAGAGAAAUCUUAUGUGAAGGAUUUGAGCUGCCUCUUUGAAAUCUACCUGAAACCCUUACAGAAUGAGACCUUCCUCACUCAAGAUGAGAUGGAGUCCCUGUUUGGGAGCCUUCCUGAAAUGCUGGAUUUCCAGAAGGUGUUCCUCCAGACGCUGGAGGAGAGAAUCGCUUCCUCUCCUGAUUUCAGCACCCUGGAAACCCCGUUCCAGUUCAAGAAGUUGCUGUUUUCCCUUGGAGGCUCCUUUCUGUACUAUGCUGACCACUUCAAGCUUUACAGCGGCUUCUGUGCAAACCACAUCAAGGUUCAGAAAGUGCUUGAAAGAGCCAAAACUGACAGAGCUUUUAAAGAGUUUCUUGGCGCAAGGAACCCAACCAAGCAGCACUCAUCGACAUUGGAGUCGUACCUCAUCAAGCCAGUGCAGCGAGUCCUGAAGUACCCUCUGCUGCUACGGGAGCUGGUGUCUCUGACAGACGUAGAGAGCGAGGAGCACUAUCACCUGACAGAAGCAUUUAAGGCCAUGGAGAAGGUGGCCAGCCACAUCAAUGAGAUGCAGAAGAUCUAUGAGGAUUACGGGACUGUGUUUGACCAGCUAGUUGCAGAACAGAGUGGAAGCGAAAGAGAGGUCACUGAGAUUUCCAUGGGAGAAUUCCUCAUGCAUUCCUCUGUGAUCUGGCUCAACCCUUUCCCCUCUCUGGGUCGGAUGAGAAAGGAUCCCACGAUCACUGUAUUUGUUUUUAAGAAAGCUGUGAUCUUGGUGUACAGAGAGAGCAGCAAAAUGAAAAAGCAAAUACAAGCUAACACUCGAGCUGCAUACAUCCACGGGGAUAUGGAUCCAUUUAAAUUCCGCUGGCUUAUUCCUUUAUCCGCACUUCAGGUGCGGCUGGGGAAUGCAGCAGGAACAGAUACCACCAUUUGGGAAUUGAUUCACACAAAAUCUGAAAUUGAGGGAAGACCUGAAAGUGUAUUUCAGCUGUGCAGCAGUGUACCUGAAAGCCAGGCACAUAUAAUUAAGGUUAUUCGCUCAAUUCUGAGGGAGAACGUCAGACGACACCUAAGAUGUGAGUUUCCUGUGGAGAAGAUCUGUAAAGAGCGCCUCGUUCCAUUACGAAACACAAUGCCGCUGUCAGCCAGGAUUGGUUCUUCCAGGGCCUCCUGGUUAUGCAAACUGUCACCCACUGACAUGGCCUCCAACAGUGAAGGAUCCUUAAAGGCAACCCUGCUGGAUUUGGAUGAGGGGAGUCACAGCAGUGGCCCUCACAGCAGCAGCCUCCGCGUGGCAGAGAGCAUGCUGGGUAACGAGCCGCCCUCCAGCCAGGACAGAGCGAGCAUGCUGGGUAACCACCCGCCCACCAGCCAGGACAGAGCAAGCAUGCUGGGUAACCACCCGCCCACCGGCCAGGACAGAGCGAGCAUGCUGGGUAACCACCCGCCCACCGGCCAAGACAGAGCGAGCAUGCUGGAUAACCAGCUUCCCACCGGCCAGGACAGAGCUAGCAUGCUGGGUAGCCACCCGCCCACCGGCCAGGACAGAGCAAGCAUGCUGGACUCCUCGACUAUGCGGCCUGGCACCAUGGAGGACAACGCUGUCAAGGAAUCGGACAUUCUGAGUGAUGACGACGAUUCCUGUGAGACUGGUAAAGUGUCCCCUACCAAUGACAUUGAGGCCCAGCUUCAGAGGCUGAAGCUUUCCAAGGACUCUGUUGCAGACAGACAGCUAGCACCCUGUGUGCAGCCUGAGUCUGAAGAACUGGACAUGCCGGAGAGGCAGCCCAUGCUGGUGCGGGGACACUACUGUCCCAUCAAACGCAAAGCAAACAGCCUGAAAAGGAACAAGGGGGUGUUGUUAGCGAUGAAGGAACACAGCAGAUCUCUGGACAGCCAGUCAGAAGCAGCCAGCUUGGAUCUCAGUGCCCUCCUGGAAAGGGAGUUCAGUGUUCAGAGUCUGGCCUCGGUCGUCAAUGAAGACUGUUUUUAUGAAACAUCAGACAGUGAUGAAAAGACAGUAUUCCCUUCUCUAUAGAGUUUGUCCUAUUUGACAUUAACCUAAACACUGAGGCCAAGCCCACUUUCUUUUAAGAGAGAGACUGGAAUAUGUUCUGAAAUAAGGACAUUUCUUUUUCCCUGUUUGAUACAAGGAUGCAAGUUGUUCUUGAUGAGAAUCCCUUGCUGUAUCUGUGGACGAAGUACACAUUUUGCCUAAUUUGUUUUGUUAUUGUUUUGUUUAAGAAAUAUUUCCUUUUAUUUAUUAUUGUUUAGUUUUAAUUUUGAAAGUUGUUUCUGGACCAGAAGUUUGCCUUCCCAGUUUCAACAUAUUCCACAAUGAAAGUUGCAUUUAUGUAAAUAUAUAGAACUUUUGGAAAUGUAGAAGUAUUGUGUUUUUUUUUUUUUAUAUAAACAUUAUCAAGGUGGUCUGUCAAUGUUGAAUUUGGGGCUUUCCAGUUAUGGUUGUGAAUGAAAUUAUUAUGUAUUUGUGCAACAGCUCUUUCAGGGUGGUAGAUUUUUUUAAGGUUACUUGAAGACUAUAACAUGUAUUUUCUGAAAAUGACUGUACUGUAACUUAAUUUGGAUAUAGUUUGUAUUCUUGGCAUUGUACAGGUAAAAAUAAGUGCUAGAAUUUGCAAUAAAUACUGUGUCUAGUAAUAUA